AUGCUAGCGCACUACGCUUUCUCCUCCUCUCUCCUCUCUCCUCUCCUCUCUCCUCUCCCUCUCAGAGCUCUGGUUGAUAUUCUUCGUCAUCAGUCUGCUUCAGUCCAGCAUGGUGAGCGGAACAACAGCACUGUACUGGGAUCCAACACUGACACUGGGAGCAGCCGACCACCCAAGAACUUAUAUACUCCAGUGCUGCCGAGCAAAGACAAUCGCAUUGGAAAUCUUCAUCACAACUUCAUUCAUGUUUCAGGAUCGAGUCCAAAACACAGCGGCACCAUGGAGCGAUUGCCUCGUAUGAACAAUGCUCAGCUUGCCAGCUCCGGGACCCUCCUCUCCAGCAAACACAACAACACAGGGGGGGGAGGUGGGGGGGGCUUCGCCUCCUCUGUCCAUCCCUCCUUCUCUCACUCCUUCCACAACCUGGCUCAGCUCCCCCCAUCCUACGAGAGUGCCGUGAAACCGGAGAUCAACAGAUACUGCUCCCUAAAGAGACUGGAGAAGGAUCUUGAUGAUUCCUCUGGUUAUUACACCUCGAAGCGUCGCAGUGGGAACUCGAACGCGUCCCCCUCGUUCCACUCCUCUCAGCACCACCUGUAUUACGGGGGAGGGGGAGGGGGGGAGUACACGCUGGGGGGGCGCGGGACCCUCCCCCUGCACGCCAUGCGCCCGCGGCUCAGCAUGACCCCCAACCCCUACCCCGCCCCCCAGCCUGGGUAUGAGCCGCUGGACUCCAAGCCCCCACGCAGGGUGAUGUCACAGGACCAGCUGCUGGUGUUCGGAGAGGGGACCCAACUGAACCCCCUGAACAACCCGCAGAGCACACUCUCCAACAGGAGUGGCACUCUGGGUCACCACCAGAAGAACCAGCCCCUGCAGCCCCUCCAUCUCUACCAGCUGCAGCAGCACCAGCAGGAGCGUGCAGCCUCCGCUCAGUACCAGAAGCACUCCAACCCGGGUCCCUACCCGCCUCAGACCCUGGUGCGGCUGCGCUCCCCGGACCGGGGCACCCUGCCCCGGCUCAGCCCAGCUCAGAAGGCCCAGUCCCAGCAGAACGUGUGCGCCACGCCCUCGCUGGACCGACACCACAUGAUCAAGAUGAACUCGCACCCCACGGCCGGGCGGGAGCGGGGGGAGGGGCCAGGGCAGGGGGGCGGAGCCGGGGCCUGGGACACCUUGGGGGGCGGGGCCGGGGGAGGGACCCUGGGGGGCCACAGCGCACGCAGAAUGGCAUUCGCUGCCAAGAGACAGAACACCAUCGAACAGCUUCACUUCAUACCAGGCGGGGGCAACCAGGGGGGGGGCAACGGCGGGGGGCAGCAGCUGAGGACGGGGAGUAAGAACGAGGUGACUGUGUGAGAGGGAGGAAGGGAGGGAGGGGGAGAGAGUGAGGAUCGGGAAGAUUUUUUCAGCCAUAUUUCAGUGCCAUAUUGAAGGCAGGCGAGAGGAGAGAGAGAUGGGAGGAGAGGUUAGGGUUAGGGAGAGGGGAGGAGGAGAGAUGUAUACAGAGUGUGUACAAAAUGAUCAGUUGUAAAACGUUUUAGCUAUAAGGCAGUAUUACAGAGAGAGAGAGAGCAAGAGGAGAGAGGGGGAGGAGGGAGGAGAGAAGAGAGGGGAAGGGAGAGAGAUGACUUUUCAGCCAUAAUUUAGUGCCAUAUUAAAGUAAAAGAAGAGCAGGAGAGAGAGAGCAAGGAAGGAGAAACAGAGAAGGAGGAGAGAGGGGGUGAGAGAGGAGAAACAGAGAAGGAGGAGAGAGGGAGCAAGGGAGGAGAAACAGAGAAGGAGGAGAGAGGGAGCGAGGGAGGAGAAACAGAGAAGGAGGAGAGGGAGCGAGGGAGGAGAAACAGAGAAGGAGGAGAGAGGGAGCGAGGGAGGAGAAACAGAAGGAGGAGAGAGGUUUAAAGGGAGAGUGCUCUCAGUUUCUCUGCCGAAAUGAAUAAAAAAACGAGUAUCUUUUGUAUGAAAAAUGAAUCAAAUUGAGCUUUGAGAUUUUUUGGUUUUCCUGUACAGUGGAUUUUAAUAUCAAUGUUCGUACAUGCAUUUGUAUCGGGG